CGCUACGCCAACCUUGCGAGAUUCGCUCGUGAGCCCAAAGCCGCGCCCUGCUAUAUAGCGCGAGUGUUUACGCUUCCUUCACCCCCUGUCACACAGAAAGCGGCCAAAGAUGUCUGGCAAGGUCAGCAGUCGCAGCAGCAGCAGCAGCAUAUGUUGGUUCAUCGGAGUUGGACUGUGCGCGCUGGUAAUGGUGGUACAGCUGGCCGGUUUGGCCGAGGCGGACGCAACCACCACCUCCCGGACGCAGGUAUCGGACGAGGCGCUCGACAAGGCGCUCAGCGACAAGCGGUACCUGAUGCGCCAGCUGAAGUGUGCCCUCGGCGAGGUGCCCUGCGAUCCGGUCGGGAAGCGGCUCAAGAGCUUAGCCCCGUUCGUCUUGCGUGGCGCCUGUCCGCAGUGUACGCCGGCCGAGAUGAACCAGAUCAAAAAGACAUUAGCCCAUUUGCAGCGAAAUUUCCCGUCGGAAUGGAACAAACUCGUGCAAACGUAUGCUGGUUAGCUGGGGACGGGAAAGUUUCCGAAAGCAAGCGGUGGAAAAACGGGAGGGAGGUUUAAGUGUUAUUAAAACUUUUGUAGGAUAAUGUAGUAAUGUAAGAGUACCUGGUGGACCCUUUCGGAAUUGACUGACAGACGGCCAGGGCGGAGCUAAUGUAAGAAGAUGUGCUGCAAAAAUGAAGACACCAAUAAAAGCUGUAAAGUAAGAAGAACAAAUUCAAACAUGAGAAAAUUGGUUAAAAGCGUGAACAAAUAGCUCGUGUAGCAAGUAAGCCCUUCAGGAAAUCACACAAUGUUUGCCGUCCAUUUGAGCGGGGAAACAACAAAAGUCUUUCCAAACUAAAUUGCUUCUGUUCGGGAAGAUGAAAAAAGUUAAUAAAAACAACUAGCGGGAGACAGUAAGAAAGGUAGAAGUGUAACAUGAUGAGA